AUGUUUGAAAAAUUAGAAGAUAAGUUUUCUGUUUUUAAUAAAGAAAAUAUACAUAAAAAACAAAAUGAUUCUUCAAAUAAAAUUGUUCAUGUAUUGAUUCAUGGAAUAGAACAUCAUAUUUCAUUUGAUAAAUCUGAAACAAAUCACAUUUAUCAAAUUUAUAUGCCUGGAAAAAACUAUCCAUUUUGGAUGUAUAUUACACCAUGUGAUGGAAAUCUUCAUUGGCAACUAUAUAUGAGAAAUGAAUUUGGAAAUAAAGUCAAUAAUUAUAAAGAAAAAUCUAAAAAUGAAAAAAAAAUAUAUAAUUGGGAAAAUCAACCAAUUGUUCAUGUUGAAAGAAAUUUAAAAGAUGCCAAUUUAAUUUUACUUGCAGGACAAUCAGAUUCUAAAAGAAUGAAAUUUUAUGCCAAAGAUAUUGAAAGUGAUUUACUUUUUCUUAAUGUAACUUCAUAUGAUUGUCCAUCUUUUAAAGUUUUAUUUACAACAUCUGAAAGACAAAUUUAUGAAUAUUAUGCACCACUUCCUGAUGAUACAACUAUACAUUAUGAAGUUACACCAUAUAACUAUGAUAAAAAUAUUAUUGAAAAAAUUGAUGUUGAAUUUAUUGAUAUUAAAUUAUCCUGGUCUUAUAAUCCAAAAUUUGAAGUUGGUAGGCAUAAACAUUGUGCUGUUAUAACUAAAAAUACCAUUAAACAAUCAAUGUGUCAUUUUGGUCGUAUUUCAAUGGAAAAAAUGCAUUGUGAUAAUAAAAAUAAUAAUAAAAUGUCUAUAAAGAAAAUAAAAUUUGAAAAAGAUAUGCAAAUAAUUUUGUAUAUUUUUGAUACACAAUAUGGUUCUAUUAAUGUAUUUCCUCCAAUACAAAUAAAAAAAACUGAUAUUAAAUUUGAAAUACCAUAUAGUGAUAUUAUUUUUAAUAGUGAUAAUAAAACAUCAACAACUACAAUGCCAUUAGUUAUUGAAAAUCCAGAAAUUAUUUUACCUGAUGGUGUUUUAUAUGAUGCAUCUUUUGAAAAUAAUGGUAGAAUUGUACAAAAUUUUAAUUAUGUUAUUAAGUCACAAUUAAAUAAAGAAAAUAAUAAUGAAACUGGGAAAAUUCUUUUAAUAAUUAAUGGAUGUUCAGGAUAUAUAAAAUUAGCUAUAUAUAAAGGUGAUACAUUACUAAGAAAAACAGAAGAAAUAACUGGAUUUCGUCGAUUUCUUAUAAUGAAUGUUCAUGAAGGAAUUUUACGUUUUGAAAUAACAAAUUUAGAUGGAAAAAAUAAAAAAUUUAAAAUAUGGGCUAGUUUAAAACCAACAAAAUCACCAUAUCCACAAUUACCAUCAGAACCAAGUUUAAAAAUUGUUCAUAGAACAUGUAAGACAAUUACUAUUCAAUGGCUUAAAGCAAUAGAUAAAAAAAUCAAUUAUUGUAUGUAUAAAUAUUCAUUAAAUGAAACAGAUUUAAAUAAUUUAUCAUUUAAAAGUGAUCCAAAUUUAGAUUAUUGUUAUCCAAAAUUAACAAAAGAAAAUAUUGUUGGUUGUUAUGUAAGUUAUGGUGUUGAAAAAGAUGCAUACAAUCCAAAAGGAAUAACAUCAAAUUCUCUUAUUGAAGCAACCCUAGAAGAUUUAAUUCCAAAUCAAGUAUAUAAAUUUGAAAUGUUCGCAACAAAAAAAGUUGGAAAAAAAAAUUAUCAUCUUCCUUAUAGAGCUUUAAUAGCAAAAACAAUGGAAAAAUGUGACAAUUAA